AUGCCCGACUUCACCGACACCCUGCGCCCCGCGCAACCCUCCGGCCCCGACUCGCUCGCCAAAGAGCGCGCGGGAUCCACCCUCGCCAUCGACCAUCUCUCCGCACACCUCCUAGGAACAGACGGUCUUCUCGCUCGACAGUCCAAAGUCCUCCCCAUUAUCCUUUCGGAACCCCUCUUCUCCAAAACCACCCAACAAAACCUCUCCCGGCCGGAACGGUACAAACUGGGCCUGGCCCGUGGAAAACUCCUCCGCCGCCUCGCAGACAAACACGCCUGGACGCCCGAAGAGCACGAAACGGCCGAGUAUCUCGUCGACGAUGUCAGUCCGUACAUGCUGCACAUGGGCAUGUUCGUCACGACGAUCCGCGAGCAGGCGAGCGAUGCACAGCGCGCGUAUUGGCUGCCGCUUAUUGAGGAGUGGAAGAUUAUUGGCGCGUAUGCGCAGACGGAGCUUGGCCAUGGGAGUAACGUCCGUGGACUGGAGCUGCAGGCGAGGUAUGAUGUGGGCACGAGGGAGUUUGUCCUGCAUAGUCCGACGCUUACGGCGAGUAAGUGGUGGAAUGGGACGCUGGGGCGCACGGCGAAUCAUGCGAUUGUUGUUGCGCAGUUGAUGCUGCCUGAUCCGAAUGCCCAAGGGAAGUAUGUCUCGCAUGGCCCACAUCCGUUCAUCGUGCAGGUGCGUGAUAUGAAGACGCAUUUGCCGUUUAAGGGGAUUGUCAUUGGAGAUAUCGGCCCCAAGUAUGGGUAUGCGUCUAUGGAUAAUGCGUAUAUGCUGUUCAAUAACUUCCGAAUCCCCCACUCCGCACUGCUCUCCCGCUACUCCAGCGUCGACCGCGAGACGGGUGCAUACGCAAAACCAAAAGAAUCCGCGGUCGUCUACGGUACGCUCACAUUCAUGCGCUCCAAGAUCAUCCAACAUGCGAGACUCGUCCUCGCUCGCGCCGUGACAGUAGCCGUGCGAUAUACCGCCGUGCGCCGUCAGUUCGUGGACCGCGAUGGCCCCUCGAAUGGGCCCGAGCUGCCUGUGCUCGACUAUCCAACCGUGCAAAUUCGCAUUCUUCCUCUCCUCGCCACGGCGUUUGCACUGCAUUACACUGCCCUCGCGAUGCAUACUAUCUAUAACAGUACCCGGAAGGAGAUUGAAGCUGGGAACUUUAAUAGCCUGGCGUAUAUGCAUAGUAUGUCGUCCGGUCUGAAGAGCCUCUGUACGACUCUCGCAGCAGAUGGUAUUGAGACAUGUCGGAGAGCGCUUGGAGGUCAUGGAUUCGGCGGCGGGAGUGGGCUUAUCCAGUUGAAUAAUGAUUACCUAUCCAAGCCAACUGUUGAGGGGGACAAUUGGAUGAUUACGCAGCAGACUGCCGCAUACUUGGUUAAGAAGAUGGCUAGGGCUGUUGCAGGGGGAACUGCGGAUGCAAGUGCGACGGACGAGAUUGAUGUUCAAUUUGGAACAUAUCUCCCCCUGAUUCGGGGCGCGAGACAGUGUGAAUACGAUAUCCUGGCAAGGGAUAAAGAUCUGGUCAAGAGCUUCCAACAUCGAGCUACCUCGCUGGCAUACAACGUUUACCUGGCACGCAUCGUGAACAAGAAACCGUGGACGUCUCUCAUGAUCGAUUUCCACAAGCUUAGCAAAGCACAAUCCCAAUCGAUUCUCGUAACCAAGUUUCACGAUGCCUUGUCCUCAAACAAGGACCUCCCACCGACAACGCGCAAUAUCCUUUGGGACGUCUUCCGCCUGUUUGCAAGUUAUACUCUUGAAGCUGAGAGAUAUGAGUUCUUCACCUGCGGGGCAGCAUCCCGCAAACAGCUCGAGGCCCUCCCAGCUCGCGUCCUUGAGCUCAUGGCGCGGAUCCGACCCCAUGCAGUACCGUUGGUCGAUGCGUGGAAGAUUCCGGAUUACUUGCUGGAUAGUGCUCUUGGCCGAUAUGACGGACGCGUCUACGAAGACCUGUUCAACCGAGCACAUCGUCUGAACCCGCUGAAUAAGGUCACUGUGAAUCCGAAUUACUGGGAGGACGAGAUCGUCAAGGGUGGGGAGGAUAUUGACGCUAUUCGGGCGAAGCUGUAG